AUGAAACAACGCGGGAAAGUCAAGCCACGACCGCAAUACGUGAGUGAUGGGCUACUCGAUGAUGUUCUCAAGCGCGUAUCGCCGUACCUUCGCCGAAACCCACCGGUAGACAUUCUGGACCUCUGGCCUGGAGGUGGCUUUUUGUCCUCUAAAGUCAAUACACUUCUGAAGCCACGCCGUCAUGUGCUUGUUGAACCAAACAUGCAUUUUCGCGAUCUUCUCACGCCACUCGUCGAGAGCAAGUCGUGUUAUAAACUCGUCCAGGAUCACAUCUAUGGGAAAACCGACUGGGCUGAUUUCUUCGCGGAUAAUCUUCCAGAACAAGGUCCUGGAGACCAAGCAAGCUCUGAGAUUAUCCCAAAGAAUGAUACACUCCUUGUCCUGGCUAAUCUGCCUGAUAGUUCCUCUGCGGCGAAUCAUUUUAAACCCAGCCGCUGGUUUCUCCACUUCUUGAAUAGUUGCUUAAGACAAACUGAUAUGAAUUUGUACGGGGCUGUACGAGUCCUUGCAACAAUGCCCUCCGCCGAUAUCCCGCAUAUGCUACCUCGGUCCGCUAUGGAGCGCGGACGAACUGGCGUAUUCGCCGAGACCAUAGGCUUACACACCAUAGAGCUCGCCAGUCCAGCUCAACCCGAACGCUCUCAUCACUGGCAGGGCUGGGAUUACAUAAACGACAACAGCAAGCUUGUGGCUACAAGAGCUGCAGAAAAUGACAUUAUCACACCACCCAACAGAAAGCUUCCCCCUGUGAAGCUGGUGCCAGAAAUCGCUCACCGCGGGAGAAAUAGCCAACCAUAUGAGCGUCGGGUUCAAACCCCGUUUCACGACAAGCUCCUCGAGGACGUCGAUGCAGCAGAUAAGCUGGGUAUCAAGUCGAGCCUCGACACCACAGACCCUAAAGCUAAAGAAUUAAUUCGAAAGCGUGGACUAGCAUUGACAAAACUUGUCAGGGAGAAUUCAGCAAGUCACUUCCGCCAAAAGCUUGCCAACAUAAUACUUGAGCUUGAUGAAGUCGGCUGGGCAUUUGCGCGUGCGGCUGCGGAUCCCCAGGAGAGUAUUGAGAGUUUGAAGGCUCUGGAAGAUCGUAUGGUAUCUCUCAAAUCGAGUUAUACCACUUUGUGCGCAAACCUUCACUUCGUCAUGUUGGACAAACAUGAUCAUAUAAUCGAUGAUCUCCGCUUGGCUAGACUCUCCAACCAUGUCGAUGAUGGCAAUUUGCUACAUGACCGACGACCCUUUGAACCUCUCUACAUCCACCCGGACGAGAUUUACCCUCGCGUGAGCGGAGAUGAGCGCUCAAUCAUAUAUUUCGAACCAAACCCCAACCCGCCCCUUCUGAAGAAGGUCUUUGACCUACCGACCUCAAUGGUCCAACUAGUUCUCGAUCGGCAUUUUUCACUGCUAGCCUUGAUGGGCUUCCGUGGUAAGAUGUCGGUCGCCGAAUUCCUUGAAUCCACUUUCCCGUUAGAGCCUAUCAAUAAUCAUGUGCGGGAUAUUCCAAGCCUUGCCUACUUCGCCGAAAGACGACUCAAGCCUGGAUAUGGGCCGAUGCCCUUGCCGGAUGGUUCGACGUCGGAUCCAGCAUUCACCUAUCAGGAGAAUGUGGACUAUGAUUUAAGUGGUGUUCGAAUCCGCACUCUUUCUGCACAAACCAUGGUGGAGAUUGCAAUCAAAUAUGAGAAGCUUUCGGAUAAGCUAUCUACCAUCGGGCUCAGCCGAGUUCUAGGCGGGUCAUUAACCCAGGCUCAAAUAGGGGAUGAUCUUGUUAAAACGAAGAUGAGAUAG